AUGGCAGCUCGACAGGACUCUGACAACCUUGCAUGGGACCGGAGCGAUGACCUCUGGGAGGAGGCGGUGAGGCAGGUUCGGCUGUCAUCCCAAUGCCAGAAAAUCGAAUCCUUUGCCAAGAGCAUAUUAGGAGAGCCCGCAAAGUUCACAACACCAUUGGUAAUCGGCGGCUUCAAUGUCCUAUAUCCUAUUCGACUUGAAGGCAUUUCGCCUAGCGUACUUGUUCGCCUGCCUUGCCCCAAUCAGGCCAUUUUUCCAGAAGAAAAAACAAUCUCCGAAGCCGCAACAGCAAGAUAUAUCGCCAAGCAUACUCAACUGCUAGUUCCAAAAGUGUUCCACUAUGGUAACUACCCAGGUAUCGGUCCAUUUAUGAUUAUUCAAGAUCUGGGGUCCCGAAAAACCAUGAGUCAAGCUCUGGACACUUCGCCUAAUGAUCCUGACGAGACAGCCGUCUUGAAUCCGGAUAUCUCUGACAGCAGACUUACGGACCUCUAUAUGAAAAUGGCACGAUGUGUGCUACAACUUGCACAACCUACCUUUCCUCGUAUUGGAGCUCUUGUGGAGAUAAGGCCCGAAUCCCAAUGCGUGACGGGACGACCCCUAACUCUGAAUAUGAAUAACAUGGCUCGACUCUCCAAUAUACCUAAAUCAGUCUUUCCAUCUGAAGGCACUACAUACCAGACUGCUGAUGAAUGGUAUGUAGUAUUAGCCGAGAUGCAAAUAGCAACACUCCUCUUUCAGCAUAACGACAUCAUAUCCUCAGAAGAUGACUGCCGGAAUAAAUACGUCGCGCGCCAACUAUUUCGCAGGUUAGCUAAACAAGGCCAAUUAUCAAAGUUUGGCUUUGCUGAAGAUGAUUGGUCUGCUCGCUCCAAGCAUGCUGGUACGGCCUUACCGAUGCCUCAUAGCUCGAGCUCUUUUCGCCUAUGGUGUGAUGACUUCAGGCCCGGUAAUGUUCUUGUUGAUGAGAACGAUAAUGUUCUUGGGGCUGUCGAUUGGGAAUUCGCGUAUGCUGGGCCUGCGCAGUUCCUUUUGGACUCACCCUGGUGGUUGCUACUUGAUGUGCCUGAGAUGUGGGUCGAUGGCAUUGAGGAUUGGGCUUGCGUCUACGAAAGGCGCCUCCGAAUAUGGCUUAUGGCUUUGGGAGAGGCGGAGAAGGAGAUGAGUUCUGAGUCUCUUCUUCUCUCGGCGUAUAUGCGGGAGAGCUGGGAAACCGGACGUUUCUGGCUGAACUAUGCUGCGAGGAAGAGCUGGGCAUUCGAUACUAUUUACUGGAAGUAUUUAGACAAAUUGUUUUUUGGCGAACGUGGAGAGAAUAUCCCUAUAGACGAGUUAUGGAAAACGAGAGUGCAUCUCCUCAGUCAGGAGGAGCAAGCUGCAAUGGAGAUGGUGGUGCAAAUCAAAAUGGAAGAAUCGAAGGAACGGGUUUUGAUUGAAUGGGACGCUAUAGAGGCAAGACAGCGCCUAUCCUCCAUUUUGUUCGACUAG